AUGAUAAUAUUGGAAUCAAAAAAAGAUCCUUAUGACAUUCAACGGUUGAAUGCUCGUUUAGGUAGAGAAUCUUUAAUAUAUCAUGUAGUUCCAAUUCCUGAAACAAUACUUGAGUAUAUUUGGAAUUAUGGAUUUCUCGAUGGAGAAACUGAAAUUGUCUAUAUUCGAACAAUGUUAAACAAAUGUAAUGAACUGGCAAAUGACACAUCAUGGUACGAUUAUACAGUAUCAUUAGUUGCGAUAUCGCAGCAAUUUUUUCAUGUAAAUGAAGACACAAGUAGUGUAUCUCUACGUGAUGUUGCACGUUUCUGUCGAUUUUAUAAUUGGCUUCUAAACUUGCCUCGCGAAUUCAUGUAUGAAAAUGUUAGAACUUCGAAUCAAGAUUUUACUCAACAAACAACUCUCGUUGCUCUUCUUCUGACGUAUUAUCUUCGUCUUAGUUCUUCCGAAAUACGAGAGUUCUAUUUGAAUUAUAUUACAGUGGUGCUCAAGAACAAAUUUCCAGAUCAUUCCACCAUUUUUACAUAUACGAGAUAG